GCUGCUGCUGGGCGAGUAUUUUGUUUGAUGCUCUGUCUUGGAACCGAACCAACAUCGAACAUGGUCCAUUCCUGUUCGUCGCUCUAGAAAGCUUUAAACCCCUAACCCUCCGAAAGGUGGUGGGUUACUCAGAAUCGCUACUCCUACUACUUUGUUGCCUACUAGUUGUCGCUCGAACAAGUUAACAGGUGUACCGUAGUGUACCGCCCGCCAUUCAAUAAAUCCCGACGAAAACGGUUGAGUCCCCAGCGGGGGAACCGUCACCCUAUUGAUUCUACCAUAUAGGUGCAAUGGCUCCCUUUAAGCUUAAGUUCCGCAUGGGUAGUGGGUCGUCGCGUAGUACCUCUCAGGAGCAGGAUGUCGUAGUAGAUAGUCAAUCCAAUCCCGUCGGACCUCUUUUAAACAGUGCGAAUGCAAAUGAUUUUGGUAGCAGCACCACCCUUGAUUCAGAGCAGAAUAACGAUAGCCUUGUGUCGAUGAGCAACGAUCGGCGCGCCUUAAUACUGACCAGUAACACUACCGACGAACCAAUACUAGGAUAUGACAAUCCUUCGCUCACCAACACAGAGCCUACGAACGUUAUACCAUUAAGCCCACCGCCAUCGUACGAACAUGUGUUAGAAGAGAAUCGACUUGCAGCUUUGGAUAAAGAGAACAAUCGGACAUCCUUACUGAACCUUUCACCCACUGCACUCGGUUACGAAAUGAUGUCAAACAAUCAACCGGCUGGGACGGAGCACCAGCUGCCUUGCACGGAGCAAGGUUCGCCAGGAGAAACGAAAAAGCAGGAAUCUAUCGAUUCCUCCCUGUACACCUGCAGCUCCACGACCACACCGUCGCAGGAAAAUCUUCUAACCUGUACCGGAUCCUGCGAUCCAUUGUAUCAGCUAAGCUGCAACGAAGGGUUGCAGGAUUUAGCGGAAGAAAUGGAAACGAUGGCAAUCGAUGAGACAUGUCUAUCCAACGAAAACCAAGAUACGCUCUCGUUAGAUGAGGAGUGCAGUUCGUACAGCAACUCGCAACUCUACGAGCAACACACUGCCCCAAAGGCGGAAGUCAAGGGUCCGGAGAUACUGUACAAAUCUAGCAAACAGCUCUAUAAAGCGGUGGCGAAAGAGUGUGGCAUUACGUGUAAGAUGUCCGAUCAAUGUCGCUGCUUGGACUGUCAGAGUCGAUACUUUGACUGUGAGUACGACCAGAACGAAAAUGAGAAAACUGAUGGAGGAUUAGGUGCUGGUACGCCAAUGUUCAUCAGCGAGGUCAUUCACGGUACCGCAUGCACUAUUCUCUAAAUCUAAACAGAUGAAAAUAUACUACCAAACCAUAUACCCCAAUAUACUCCCGUGGAAUAUUGAACAAAAAGAAAUCCAGCAAGCUCAUUGUCGAACCACACAAAACCAUUACCCUAGGCAAAACUAUUGGAUGUGCAAAACAGAGAUUCCUGUGCAAGUGAUAGAAACUGAACCUUCGACAGGACGUCACAUCAGAGAUACAUUUGCACAGCACAUCUUCCUUCAAUACCGCUCUCGUCGCGGAUCGGUACACCAACAAACCCUUCUAGUUGUCCAUUUUUUGUCCCACAAACUACAAUGCACAACGUUUAUGGAAGCUAGUAGACCUACCAUAGGGAUAGAUAGAUAAGUAUAGACACAUCGAUGGCCUUCAAUGACUUGCGUUAAUGAUUCUUAGGGCUAAAGAUUAUUUCCCCACGAAUUUUUACAUCGACAGUAUAGAGCGGUUAGAACGGUUAGUGCACGGUGCAACAGACAUACACACCCAAAAAAAAAACAGCUGCAUUCAUACAGCCGCAAUAGCGAAGGCAAACCAAUCGUGGCAACUGUAUGUGGCAGGCCCGACCAUAAGUUUUCCUAAAUUAACUCAAAUGGUGAUACUACUAGUGCAGCAUACACAACAAAGCCUGCAGAUUUACCGAUAACCGAUUAAUGUUUAGUACUUUCCUAUCCCUUGUACUCGUAAACAGUAGUAAAAGCAAGAUUUUGAAACGGAAACAGUAUUUAAUUGUAAGAAAAUCCACUGAUCAUUCUGCGUAUUCCAGAAUUUUCUUCUUUGAACAUUUUGAAUUGGUAAACAUUUUUGAAUGAAUGGGAGUUAAAGUAUAAUAACAGUUCGGCUAACAUUAACCGGUGAUCAAAUGCAUCCUUCUGCACAUUAAGCAGAGUGUCACUUUGAAUGUUUGAUCCAUCUUGCAGUCGAACCACGAGGAGGGGAUAACCUGUUUGCUGUAUUGAACAGACCGAUCCUUCUUUCCAGCAUCGAAUGCUGCUAUUGUGCAGGAAAAGAUAAGAGCCAAAAAUUCCGAAAACAAUGCAACCUGUAUCUCCCAAACAAAAAACGAACGAACAUAAAAUAUAUAAGCAUAUAUAUUUUUGUAGCAACAGUCAGACGGUAUUGGUAGGAUAUUAAUACAACCAUGGUACUGAUAUGAAUAUAUAUAUUUACACAUAGCAAAUUUGAGCGUAACUACAGAACGAGUUAGGCCACCACGGAAAGCAACACGGCAGCACUGUAGAAUGAGACAAACACUGUGUACGGAGGGUGUGCGAUGAUAUUACAAAUUGAUGUCAUCCUCAGCUAAACAAAAAUGCUGAACUAACUCUAGGGCUUUAGGGGUGUUUAGUGCAACACUCGUUCCCAAAAGGAAGAAGCAAAAAACAACCAUUUAGAACCAUUCUUUCGAACCAUCUUUCAAACCAAAUAAAGACACUAACACCGCAAUGGGAAAACAUUUCCGUGAGCGUAAUUAUACGGUCUAAACGCACAAACAAGAAAGCAAACGUGAUGCCUAGAUUACCAAUCAAUACUGACCAUGGUGGUAGCCGUUACUACUGAAAAACCGUUCAAUUUACACGGGUCAAUGCGCGAAAAAUGAGCGAUCGUGCAAUAUGUUAGAAAACGAAGAACAACCAUUAUAACCAUACACACCAGGCAAGGAAGGUGGGAUGAUACUACCAGGCGUGCAUGCACAAAACUUAUGGAAAUAUAUUGGACGGUACAUUGCUAUAUUGCGGCCCGGCCAACAGUAAACAAUUAACGCUGGACGACGCAUGUUGGCACUUUACUACUAAUUAACCCCCAUUGGCGAUAAACUAAGCAGUAACUAAACUACACACAUAUACAAACGAAUUCAAACUUAACGACUGUCUUGUCAAUCUGCCUGCGCGCAACUGUAACCUAUUUUAAAUCUGUUUCUGUCCACCAUGAUAUGUUUUAACACUACGUUCCGGAUGCUUUAUUGGGGCUGGCGAUGAUAUUUUUAGCAUGAAGUAACUUGAUUGUCCUGUUAGAUCGGUGUACAAAUAAAACAAACAGAUAAUGGUAUGUUACGUGAAUUUCACAACGACAACUUUUGUUCCAAAAAACACAGCUAAAGUUAGAAAAAUAAAAAAAACAAUGCACUAAAUAAAUACUGACAAAAGAAUUUAAAACCGA